AUGUUGCAGGUCGGGCCAUGGGACUGUGAGAGGCAGGCAUUGAAGGAGAGUGAAAACGCGGUGGAUCGCCCGCUUGCGCUUGUUCGGGGAGAGAGACUCGUGGAGGGCUCUAUUCCAAUCCAGCGGCAUUUUGCAUACUGUUGGUCUGGUCUUCUGUCACGGACAGAAGAGAGAGACAACAGGGAAUACAGUUUGUUGUACAACCAGCCGAGUGUGUUGGUAGGAAGUCGGACGGAUGUUGCUUCUGUAUCAUCAUGGUUAGCUCCAGUCAUUUGGGAGGGAACCUUUAACCCCAUACUGAUCGACUCUAUCUACAAACAACACAAUCUAACCAUAGCAACCACAGUCUUCGCUUUGGGAAAAUACACACGUUUUGUUAAAGAUUUUCUGGAGUCAGCAGAACAGCAUUACUUUGUUGGAUUUCGAGUGCAUUACUACUUAUUUACAGAUCAACCAGAAUCGAUUCCUGAGGUGAAGAUGGGUGAAAACCGCAGUUUGACAGUUCGAAAGGUUCAGAGUUUGAACAGAUGGCAGGACAUCAGUAUGAGCAGGAUGGAAAAACUGGAAAAACUAAUAGAGAAUGAACUGGCCUACGAGGCUGACUAUAUUUUCUGCCUUGACAUAGAUACAAAGUUCUAUGGCCGUUGGGGUGUGGAGUCUUUGGGUCGUCUGGUAGGUGUGAUUCAUCCUUGGUUCUUUGAUGCUCCAAGGGAUCGAUUCACAUAUGAGCGUAGACCAGAGUCUCAAGCAUACAUUCCAGCUGGGGAAGGUGAUUAUUAUUAUGCUGGUGCUGCAUUUGGUGGCUUGUUAGAAGAUGUACAUCAACUUACCAAAACCUGCAAGGAGAAGCUGCUCAUUGAUGCUGCAAACUCCAUUGAGGCAGUAUGGCAAGAGGAGUCUCACUUGAACAAGUAUUUCCUUUUGAACAAACCUAGUAAACUGCUCUCUCCUGAAUAUAUGUGGCGGGGCAUCAAUGAAAAAGCAGCCCAAAUAAAAGUAAUUCGCUUCUCUAAUGUAGCUAAAAACUAUGCUGAAGUUCGUCCAAACCCAUAGCAACCAGUAUUCAGC